GGACGGAUGGUGGGGAUGGUGGAGGUCGUCAUGAUGGGUUGGUGAAGGGUAUGGGAGUGCGGGGGGGGAAGAGGGGUGACAUGGAUGGGCGAGGAAUGAGGCGGUGUGCUGGAUGCGCCGAAUGAGGGAGGAGGUGGGGGGAACGAAACGAUGGUGGAGGUUGAAGGGUUGGUGGAUGUGGUGGUAGAGGUGGUAGGAGUGGAGGAGGUCGGUGGGGGGGKGUUGCUGGAGGCGGCUGUGGAGGAGGGAGUGGUUUGCGCUGUGGAGGAGGGAGUGAUUUGCGUUGUGGAGGAGGGAGGCACGGCCGUGGUGACGACCGUGAUGGAGGGGUUGUUCCCUUCGAGCGUGGUGACACGGUCGGAUAUGGAUGACACAGUGGCCUUUAUGUCGUUGAGAGAGGCGGUGACAGAGGUUGCGGGCGAUGCUAUCGACCGAGUCGAUGCGGAUGUCAGACAUGUUGAUGGAGGAUGCGGUCAUGUCGGAGGAAGAGGGGUGGAGGACGCGCCCAGAACGGAUGUCGAGGAUGCCGCAGCAGCGAUGGCUGAGGCGACGACUGUGGAUGAGGUGGAGGCAAGCGCAGCGGCAGCGACGGUGGCGGCGGCGGCUGCGCGUUGGGAGGUCUUGGAUUGACGUGGUGGCAUGUGGAGAUUUGCGAGUGGCGGGGGGGGG